CUCGCAAGCAUCGCACUCACCUUGUCUCGUGGACCACGCUCCAUCAUGUCACGCUCGCAAGCGUCUCACUCACCUCGUCUCGUGGAUCACACUCCAACAUCUGCUCUCAAGCAUCAAUGUCUAUUUCCGUCACAAACACAUCAUGCUCGCAAGUGUGGAUGUCUAUUCCUGUCCCACAAACAAUCCAUGCUCACAGCGUGGAUGUCUUUCUCAACACAGGUCUGGUGUCUGCGUUGAGAAGCUUUCAGGGUCUUU